AAACUUCAGUUCUGUAUCUCCAUCGAAGAAGAAAGGACCCAUUUCAAAGAAAGAGUCUCACAUUUUGCACAAUGUUUUUCAAGCAAAUAUUGGUCGUUGCAAUGGCUGCCAUCUUAGUUUCUGGAGAGCCGCCCUCCACUAACAUUGAUCCAGAUAAUGCCCAGCAACACCUUCGAGAAGAUGAAGGGAGUCAAGAUCCUGUUGGCGACGGACAAGAUUCGUUGCUACCAUCACAGGUCAACUCAAUAUUCCCAAAUCCGAACGGACCUUUCUACGGGUUCCCUUUUGAUCUCGGCACAACAUUUGGUCGGAUGCUGCCUUUCACAGUUUCGGGAUAUUGUGAGGCUGGAAAAAUCUAUUCAAUUAAACGCCCAGAAGACAUACUAAAUUACCAGGCGGAAUUAGAAUGUCUUUACAACACGGGUGUCUCCCCAGCGAAAAUUCCAGAAGGCGCACUCUACGGAACGGUGCUAUCUGCAAUUAAUACGCGGCUAUUUAAUCAACUCGUAGGACAAUUAUGGAAAGGGAAGUCCAUCAACAGAACUCAAUGCAAUGGAAAUACUGCGUACGUAGGUUGGAAUAAUGUCAGAGGCAACCCAGUUGCACCAUUUGUUGCUUAUUUGGUCCACCCACAACUCAAUCUGGCACCCGGCGAAUAUGACAAUGGUCGGUCAGCUUUAGUGUUCGAAUAUGGGAUUGAUAUUCCCCAAGCAUGUCCAGAGUACAGAGCUCAGCUUCUCCAAAACCACGGGAGAGCGAUCCUUCGAGGUGCAAGUCUGAGUGCCAGUACUUUCUUACCCACAACACAUAUGGUCGAAGUAUUCAGAUUCCUUGGAAAGCAAGACGACGGGGGUGACAUUUACUUGGGGAAAACUUUGAUGAAGGACGCGUACAGGGAGGAUCAACAAGCAGCGACCAUUGCUUAUUCUGUUUUGAUUAACUACGACAAGGAUGCGAAUCCCUUGAGCGUUGCUGGACUUCCUACACUCCCAUCAGCCCACGGGUUUAAAUACAUGCACCCGGGCAUUGUGGAUUUCGUCUUUCGACUGAACCCCAUCGACAACUUGCUCACUUCGCCUUUCCGGACAAUUAACAAAUUGGUUCGUGGUGCUAUAAAAACUGGAACAAACUCACUCCUAUUUGCUCAAAGCCUUCCCUUUAGUUUCCAAAACUUGCGUCGCAACUCGCAAUUUUUUAGACAUCGCUUUUACCAUGAUGUUAAUGCAAAGAGACAAAUGAGCAAAAUUCCAACUACUCCUGUGCAAACUCCUAGUAACAAAGGUCGAACUGACAUUCAGCUUCCAGUGCCGUCAAUUGCACAACCACCAGCAACCGUGGAGGUCACGCGUACCCCGGUGCCACCCUCGACCACUAAGACCCCAGUAACUGUCAGACCAUAAGUUCCUUAGCUUCGUUAAGACUAAUAAAUAAUUAAUCUCUUUGUAAUUUAGUAAAUUUUCUAAAUUAACUCGUAUUGUUUUACUAAUAAUUAUAUGUGAGACUAUGAAGGAAAUACGAACUACAAAUAUUGAAACUUUUGUACUGAGGGGAUUUAUAUGCAGAUCAAUUAAAACUAUAAUUAAAAACUUGUGCAUUUCCACCCCUUUGCACAACGUACGUAUGUACAUUCAUACUUCCGUAGGUACCCUUUUUGAAUUUUAUUUUCGGUAAGUACACAAAGACAAUACGUCGCCCUCCAUAAUUAAGUCGCAUUAAAAUUUCAGUCUCUUGCCCAUUUUUGUCUCUUAUUUUUUCUGCUUUCAAUCUCCAAAUCUAAAUUGAUUGGAUGAAAUAAAGAGCUAAUAAAGCGAAUUAUUGAUUCCAUUUUGGUGAUUGACUUGACACGAACGACAGCAAUUCAAUAUUUGAUUGGUGGAAAAAAGAAACUCGACAGUAAUUACGUAUUACUAAACUAACCAACCAAAACUAUAGGAGCAGCAUUUUUUUGUAACCAACUAAAUCAAAUAAGUUUUGUUUGUGUUUUUUUUACCCAGGAAUAAAUGUCGUCUGCUUAUAUGUCUUGUCCUUUGUGUGUGCGUAUAUAUAUUCAUGUUUGGAGAACAUGCAUAUAUCGAGUCCAGGUGGUAAUUAAUAAUUAAACAAAACAGGGAAGAAAAAGGUUCAUUAAGAGUGACAAAAGUUUAGCACGACAGACACGCAAUGUUCAUUCCCUUCUUUUUAUAUGCAAAACUUAAUAAAAAUAAAAAUGUCGACGAUAAAA